CUUUCCAUGGGAUCUCAUAGCCACGCCGAACAUCCACUUGGAUUGGAUGAACUGGUACAAGGCUUCCAAUCACUUCUAAGUGAGGACAAAGUAAAAAUCACGGGGAUCGUGGGCAUGGGAGGUAGUGGCAAAACCACGUUGGCCAAAGAACUCUUUAACAGGAACUUUUCCUCCUUUCAGAGGUGCAGUUUUAUUUCCGAAGUGCGAGAUGCAGCAUUAAAAAAUGCUCUGCUUCAGAAGCAGAAAAAGCUUCUUAAGGACCUCGGUGUCCAUCAUCUGCCAUUCGACAGUGUAGAUGAAGGUAAGGCCAUUCUCGCAAAUCGUUUUAGUUCUCAUCGGGCGUUCAUCAUUUUGGAUGACGUAGAUCACAUCGACCAGUUGAAUGCUCUAUUGCCAAAUAAAGACAACCUUGGAUCCCAAAGCAUGGUUAUUGUAACAUCCCGAGAAUUAGGUGUUCUUCAAUCAUGGGGCCUCUCCUCCAUUUAUAAAAUGCCAGGAUUUGGCAGCUCACAUGCCAGACAGCUAUUCUGCUGGCACGCUUUCUUGCAACCCUCUUCACCUGCUGAAUUUGAAACUCUGGUUGAAGAGUUCUUAAAAGCAUGCAAUGGUUUGCCUCUGUCACUAAAGGUAUUGGGGGCACAGUUAUAUGGCAAAAAGUCCAAGGAUUACUGGGAAUCCCAAUUACAUAAAAUAUUAAGAAUAUUGCCCAGUGAAAUCCAAGAAAGGUUAAAAGUUAGCUAUGAUGCUCUGGAUGAAGAAGAAAAAGAGAUGUUCUUGGAUGUGGCUUGCUUUCUCAUUGGUGAAUUGAAAAGUACCGCUAUAGCAGUGUGUGAUGGGAUGCGUUGUAGUGGUCUUCAUGGUUUACAAACACUUGUGAAUAAGUGUCUUGUGGAGCUGGUUUACGAGGAAGAUGAUCCGAGAGGACAUAUCUUUCACGGGGAGAAGCUAAGGAUGCAUGAUCAUCUCAGGGAUAUGGGAAGGGAGAUUGCAAGUAGACACUCAUCAAAUCGUCUUUGGCAACCACGUAUUGAUGAUAUAAAGAAACAUUUCAAGAGAGAAAUGCCAAUUCGAGGGAUACGACCUCCAGCUACUUUUGUGGCAUUCAAAGAGUACACGCAGUUAAUGGGAAUCUCAAGUAGAUUGUCAAAUGGACUAGAAAUUCUUCAUGUGAAUGGAAAUGAGUUAACCGAAAAUUUUGCAUCAUUAUCAGAACAUCUUGUGUGGCUUCGCUGGAAAGGUUUUCCCCUAAAAAAAAUUCCACUAUGGCUUACAUUAAGACAUUUAAGUGUUUUAGAGAUUGAUGGCGCUGAUGAGCUGAAAGAAUUGUGGGAAGAUAAUGUGGAUCCUCCUGAGCAAUUGAGAGAGCUUUUUAUACAGGACAACAUAAAAUUGCAACGGCUUCCAAGCUCAAUAGGACGUCUUCACAAUCUGAAAAAGCUUUUAUUUAGCUUUGUCGGUAGCAGUUUGCUAGAAUAGUUCUGUGGCCUCCAUUCGCUGGAGUAUUUGUGGUUAUUUGCUCCAAAUUUAUCCUCACUGCCCGAUGGUUUUGGAAAUUUAAUAAGCUUGAAGUCUAUAUAUCUAGAAUAUUGCAAGCAGUUGAGCAAGUUGCCAGAUUCUUUCACGCAGUUGAUCCACCUGGAAAUGCUAGAAAUAUCAGGUUGUGAAAUUCUGUCCUCACUACCUGAUGGUUUUGGAAAUUUAAUAACCUUGAAGUCUACAUAUCUAGAAUAUUGCAAGCAGUUGAGCAAGUUGCCAGAUUCUUUCACGCAGUUGAUACACCUGGAAAAGCUACAAAUAUCAGAUUGUGAAAUUCUGUCCUCACUACCUGAUGAUUUUGGAAAUUUAAUAAGUUUGAAAUCUAUAGAUCUACAUAAUUGCAAGCAGUUGAGCAAGUUGCCAGAAUCUUUCACGCAGUUGAUACACUUGGAAAUGCUAGAAAUAUCAGGUUGUGAAAUU